AAUGGCGCGGCCCUGCGUUUUUUCUUGUGCGUUGGCAUCUGCGCCGAUCAUGAGCGUCAUGUCACGCAACACGAAAUGUGCGCUCGUCAUAACCUGGGCGAGCGCCCGUGAUAUCUCUGGCCUGUCGUGUUAGCUGUCAUUAUGACAGGACAGCAUCGUCCCGCCGCUUCGAAACCACGCCGCUUUCGACCGAGGCCCACGAGUGACGUAGUCGGCGAGCUUGCGUAGCGAGUUCGCAAAAAAGUGAUAACCAUGUCUGUAGCGCGCAUAUGGCGUGUUUUUCUAGUCUAUUCUACGCUAGUCGUUGCGCUGGUUGUCAUCUGCUUGACGUCGGGGUGUUUAGCCCUUGAGAGGAGCCGACCUGACUACAGUGUCUAUCACAAUCUGUCCGCUGUGUACGCCGAAGUCGGGGCCUUGGCAGAAAGUUACCCGACCUACGUUCAAGUCGAUCACAGGUUCAAAUCUCGCAAUGGUCUUUCCCAGCUGGUGGUCAGGCUCACAAACUUCUCGGACAGCACACUGCACGCGGCGCCGCAGUUGCAGAGCUUCAAGGUCCGCGCGCUGCUCCUGUUCGGGCAGCAUGGUGGCGAGCUUGUCACUGUCGAGAGUGCACUGCACUUUCUACGGCAGUUGUUCGCGGGACUCUCGGCUCCUAGUCACACCAUCGAAGGGGCCUUCAGUCGAACGCUUCUAUCCAAAGUCGACUUGCACCUCAUUAUUGUGGUGAAUCCUGACGGCUUCAACCAUGCUGAGCGGACAGGCAACUACUGCUUCGAUGGGACAGCAUCUGGAGCCAAGAUGGACUCUCUCUUCACCUGGGAUUUGGAUAAACAGCUGAUGACUGCAGAAGCCGAGACCCAGGUUGUGCUGAACCUGAGCCGGGCGCAACAAUAUGACGCAUUUGUCGCCUUCCGUUCAGGCACCCGGGAGAUCCACCUCCCCUAUGCAGGUGUACAGCCUGGGAGGCACGAUCAAAAGCCAGCCAACCUGGAAGCAAUGACGGCAUUUGCCAAGGAAGUUGCUUGGGCCGUCAAGCCACGGUUUAUCUACGGACAGGCACGGCAUCUGCUUCUGAGGCCGCUCAAUGGAACGGCUUUGGACUUUAUGGCCGGAAUGCGCAAGGUUCCGUUAUGCCUGUCUAUUGGCCUCUGGGAAGAGCUCGGCCGUGCCUUGAGCUCUGAUUGCUUCCGGCAGCUGAAUCCUGACAGCGCUUUGCUCAAGAAAACUUUGGAAGAGCUGCACCCAUUAUACCAAGCUCUGUUCCUGCACCUGAUACGGUGGAAGGAGCAGCAGUCACGCUUCGCCUUCAGCAUCGAGAAUGACGGGCCGUCCCUGCUGGUCUGCAUCGUGAUGCUCUCUCUAGUCGUGCUGGUGAUGGUCCUCUUCACCUGCCAGCGCCGCCUGCCCGACUCGAUGCGCUUCUACCCGAGGCGCCGUGUUGUCAGCCUCAAGAUGCUGAGCUCAUCGCUCCACGGCAGCUGAUGGUGGCAGUCGCUGCUGUUCCACUGAGGUGUGCCGAAGGAGCUGCCAUCUCUUCCCAAGUCACGUGUUGCCUGUUGCGUUUACGUUGAAUUAUUUUGCCGUUACUGUGUGUGUUUGCACGAAUAUGACACGGGGGUGGGCUUUCGGCUGCUUGGAAGUGGGGGAAAAAAACAGAAAGAAGUAAGCCCACUUUAGUACAUGUGUGUUCAAAGUACUAAACAAUGAUGCUAGUCUAUGAGCCUUGUGCGUCUAGAUCGUGCUGUCUAGGCGCCAGCACCAGCCUUCGGCAUUGUGCAGGUCACUGCCCCUUUAGCAGACAAAACCUUGUGAGGUGGUGCCGUGUUAGUCCAACAGAGCAUGAAAACAGCAAGUGGACCGUGCGACCACGUGCAGGGCUCACCAGAGAAGGACGAUGGCAAAGGGCCCGCUAUCCCAAGAGAGGGAAUGAAAGUAUAUAGCUGCCAGGCCAGGAAACGCAUGUUCUCCCUGUCGAACAGGCCAUAAACAGAUGCCGCAGUCAAAAAAAAAAAAGAAACGAGCAGAAACAUUUUAGCAUGAACUGGCUACGCAUAAAGUAACUGUAGCCUUGUGCUUGGCAUGGGGCCUUUUAGUAUAGCACAGUGGGCAGUCCGUUGCUACAAUGUUCGCAGCGUAUUACCACCUACAUACGCGCCACAGACAGCGCAGGCGUGCUUCACAGUGACAGGUAACCCAUUGCGGUAUGCAAAAGGCCUUAACGGGAUAGUGAAGCAUUGCACAAUUUAUAUAAGGCCAUAUAAGUAUGUGCAUGAAGUGGCAGCUGUGCUUGUACAGUGAGGCCAUGCGUAUGUCUAUUGCAUCAGUGGAUUGGGUCAUUGUACCUAGAGCCUCUAGACAAGAUUUCUGAGCUUACUUGAAUUCUUUUGCACCGUCAGCCUCAUCUCUCGGUGUUGCAUGUGCUCCCCCUAUGCACAGACCCACGCUUCCUGCCACCCAGGGGCCAGCUUUCCCACAAAGCUUUGAUGCAUAGUGGCUGUAAUCGCCGCAUCUUGAAGCACAGGACCCAGGGAAUAAAGUGUGUUAUAUUCGGAGCAUGAUUUCAAAUGUAAUGGGAGGCACCUUGUCAGGUGGCAACUCUGAAAGAGAAAAACUCGUAAUAUUCGUGCAAAUACAUAAUGUCAAUGGGGGUUCAGGGGCAUAUUUGUUGAGUUGCCCAUGAUAUCUGUUGGUUUAGUUUAAUGCAUUUAAGAUGGCAGUAUUGACGAUAACUGUUCUGCUUGCGACAGAUUGUGUUGGACGUUGAUGGCUUGUUCGAGCAGAGCACAAAGAUCUACCUUCUGGACCGAUUUGGUUGGGCUUCUUAACAAAGCUAGCUGGUUAAGCAUAUUAUGUACAUGAUGCACUUAAUAUAGGUGGACAAGUGUUAUUAAUUAAUCUGUGUGUUUUAAGCGCAUUGUACAUCUCAUUGAGCUUGGCAGGACACUUACUGCACGUGUCCACAGUUGCAGGUUGUGCUAAAUGCUGCUUGUCUUGUGUGUCGAAUGCUAACCCUAAUAGUGAAUCGACAUAAGGCACUGCUGUGCUAACAUGUGUUGUAGUAUGCCACUGAUACUUGUGUAUUGUUAGACUCCUUAAUGUCGCAUCUAGUGGUAGCAUUACGACACAGAACACUGUUCCUAGUUUGUAUGCCUUGCACUUUUGUGAAACGUGUAAUAGGGAGGAUGUGUGCGCUAGGUAUGAACGUUUCCUUGACGGAGUCUCUUGUGCCUACAGCUGCCCAUGUCUGACUGGUUCAGGCACCUUAAUGACAUAUCCCAAUGUGGUGUUGCAACACGUUAUGUGCGUUUUCUUGUUUGGACUCUGCGCUUCUUUCUAGGGGCAACAAAGUGUUUUACAUUGUAUGUGUAUUGUAACUAGGGGUGUGCAAAUACCAAAUAGCAGAUUUCGAAUCGAAUAUUGAACUGAGUCAAGAAAAAAAAAGUUGCAUGUUGAAUCGAAUAUUGAAUGUCAGAAAAUGUUUCACAAAAUGUAAUACUUAACAUUUUGUGCGAGAAACUAUGGUUCUACACAUGCUCCGGAGUCUCCUAGCCUGGCAUAGCGAGAAUGUAGCAAACUGUCAGUAACUUACUUACAUAGAAAUCGAGAUAUACAGUGCAGUCUACUUUUAUUUAAAGGGAACACCAAAUUAGUAUUCCAGAACUGUUUAUAGCUCAGUUUUAGUAUGUAAAGGUCUGGAAAAUAUUUUCUUUAUUUAUAGAAUAUCAGUUAAAUUGAAUUAAAUGCUUUAUUUUUCUCUGAAACUAAUGAAUUAGUGGCAUUCUUUUGUACUUCAUACGAACGUGGUCCUCAGUUUAAUAGGGGACCAGUGAUUUGCAUCAAUUCUUUAUUUAUUGCAUAGAAUGUUUUGCUUUCCAGUUUUUCUCCGAUACACAAGGGCUAGCCCAACUUCAAAGCAGGUGGAUUAUCGUAAGGCCAUUCUGCACGUCAGACGAAGUGACUGCGCAUCAUGCGACUCGAUCACCGCUAGCACGCGUAGCCGGCACCUACGGUAAAGAGCAGGCGCCUUCCGCGCCGUUUCAUUGUCAGGUUCGGCGUGAUUUGCCACUUGUCAAGGAUUCUGAAAUCCGGUGGGUCACGAUAAGUUUGUGCACUCAGACGAAUGACCUGAGACGAAGCUUGUACAGACAGAGGCGGCCCCGGCCAACGCGGCGCUGCUCUGCAAAUUGCGGCAUUCGGGCGCAGCGUACGCGAUCCUCACACCAGGCCGACGUUGGGGAGCGCUCGCAGUGACAAAGUCCGCUAUCGUGUCAGCCGGAAGCAGCACUGUCUGCUGUGUAGUCAGCACUCCUUUUGCACUAAAAACGAAGUGAAACUCUGAAUUGGGCGGCAUCGAGCACUAGGGGUUUGUUGCACGCAACAUGUGGCACUGCAUGGGUCUCUGCACCGAAAAGUAGAUAUUCGAUUCGUUAAUUGAAUUAUUCGAACAUUCUCAAUUCGAUUCGGUGAUAUAUUCGAGUAUUUGCACACCUCUAAUUGUAACUGAUCUGUUGCGAAGCAGGUGUUGGUGAGCAAAGUGCUGGUUUGGGCUUGUUGGUAACUCAUUCUAACAAAUUAACUGGGCAAGUAAAAGGCAAGCCCAGAGAAAGCUCGUUCAGUCGCUUUCUUUGUCCAUGUCUUUUACCUGCCCUGUUAAUAUGUUACAAAGUGGAGGUGAUUUUUGUUUGUUAUGCAUGAAGAUGCAAUGUUUCUAGUGCCAUAUAAUGUAACGUUAGGCAUAGUUCUUGUGAGUUUCUGGUCUCUGGUUGGCCAGACUUAACAAAGCUUCGCAGCAUAGAUAUUACUCUUGCGAUGCUUGCAGACAACUUUUUUCUGAAUAGGAAGGCAAACUUGCUGACCUGAGUCACCUGUGUAGCAUUUUACAGUAAUCAGGAGACGGUGGCCCCAUCAUGUGAUCCUUCUGCUAUCCUUGUUCACCAUGUCCCUGAUGGAACUAUGUAUGAUGGCAUGGAAGAUUCAGUGACAAAUUGAAGCAUGUUAGAUUGAAAAUUGUACGUUAGUAUUUUCUUGUUGUGAGAAUGAAAUUUAUGAGAAAAGUGUCAUUUUUUGGAACUAAUGUGCCAUUUCUUCCUUGUCAUUUUAUGUACAUGUUGUGACGACAUGAGGAUGUUUUUUUUUCUCCUCAGUGCUGUUAUAUUCAGUGAAGUGAAUUGUGCUUGUACGAACGGCCAUUUGAAAUACCAGACACUUAUGUUGCUGAAACACCACAUUGUUCUUGGCUUCCUGCAUUUUCAAGUUCAUCUCUGAGAAUUUCAUUAGCCUGAUGGGCCCCUAAAUCACCCUGGGCUCGAACAUUUGCUUUAUAUCGGCAGCGGUGUACCAUUCUACAAUUGAACACACAGCCUCAAGAGUUUUUCGGAAUGAUGCUAUAAUAUCAAAGUCAUGGGCAUUUGAUGGAUGGCUCUGCGGCUUCUGUGGUAAAUGGAAUAGAGAACUAAAAGGAUGGCUCCACAAUUGUCCGCUGCUGAUCACCCUCCACAUGACACUGACUGAAUGAAAGCUUCACGGAAGAAUCAGUGGCGGACAAUGGGCAAGCCUCCCUCCUCUCUUGAAACACACAGCCGGUUCUUGUGACGUUUGGGAUUCUCGUCCCUCGUCAGUCGACUCAUCAACAGCUUUUACCUGGCUGAUAUCACGUGCAGUAGCCUUCGUGCGUCACAAUGUGUGGAAAAUGGACACAAUGCAUGCAGCUCUGUCAUGUUAGCCAAACAGGAUCGUCAUGGCAUUUCGUACGCAAUACACGCAUUUUAUUAAACUUGGAGCAGAAGCUUUGUAAAAUAACAUCACUUGAGAAAGGGUUGACAAUGGCACCAAUGUCUGUCCUUUUCUCACGUCAUGUUAUGUUGUGCAGUUUCUGAUCAAGUCAUGAACCAUCCAGCCGAAAUGCAUAUGCUUCUGCAGUUUAUUUAAAAUGUGUUCAAAAUGUCAGGGGUGGUUUUGCGGCCAUUUAACAUAGGUAAUGCACUGAAGCAGAGUAAAGCAGGCACUGUAGAAUAGAGAGGCAGUUUUGGAAGUCUUGACUUUUUCAGUGAAUUUUGUUGUACAGAGCCUAAGAUUUCAGUGAUUUGUUUAAGUUGAUGGGGUGGCAGCAUUUUUGAGAUGUGCCUUUCAUGUGCAAGAUGACAGCUACGAAGUGAUAGCCUGUUACUAGGAUGAGCCUGUUACUGAUGAGGGCAUUAUUUUUGGGAGAAAGCUUGUGGUUGUGAGACAGGUAGUUCAGAGGAUUGAGGGACGCGUUAUCUGAAUACCCUGGUUUGUUUUAAUGCGGUAGCGUUUAGGGAGCCCCGUGUCGCAGAAAAUCUGGCGUCAGCAAUGCCGCCCGCGGCCGAGAAAAUCAUCCUCAACCAUGCAGGCCCUCCAAAUAUAUUUUACCACUAAAGUUGCUCACAAUUUCUCUUGCAUUAUUUACAAAGUUAUUCCUCGGAAUUUUGAGAGUGACAGCCCACAAACAAUUGUCAUGAAACAAAACACCGACAGCGCAUGCCUUUUAUGCUAAAUCUUCUCAGGCUGAAAUAUUAAAGGUGCAAACAAUAAAAGAAGGCCGGCCCAAGAAAGAGGCUCCAUUUCUACCAGAAAGCGUGCCUUCGUGCAUAGCGUUCGCCGCCAGCGUUUCCCGGUAAACAUUAUGGUUACCUAAGCUGCAGUUGCCGGGAAGUGUGAGAAACAGUCAAGGAUCUUUGAAGGCGAAGCUUAAGCGUCCUCCAAAUUUUUCCUUCUGUCAUCUUAAAAUUACAAUGCGCAGAAAAACUAUUCUUGUGGGCAGGCCUUGAACUCGAUAGACUCGAAUGGGGUUGUGAGCUGAGUGUUCUAAGCAUUUCACCACUGCAGCAGCUCCACUGCAAUGCUAGAAUAUUAUAGCAUGCCUGCCAACUUUUAUGAUGUUUUCAUAGCAUGCUUGGUUUUUGGAGCUUGUUUACGAUUUUCAUAUCCACGUCAAGAUACUAUUUUUCAUUUGCAUGUAUUGUAGUGGAAAACUUCAUUCCGAAAGAUUAGAAAUACACUACGGUCACUGAAAAAGUUUUCAUAGCCCGAUUUUUCAGACCCAUCAAUUACACGGACCUACUCGCGCAGCAGCGACACCAAUGUCUAGAACUGAUGUAUAUAAUGGUAACCUAAAUUUCAACCACCGUUAUGCGAAUAUUUCAUGAAUACUGUUCCAAGCGGUUGUCGCGCUGACUAUUCUUACUGCAAUUAUUGAGCAGGGUGUCUGUUGAUAGCAUCCUUACAGAACAAAGCCUGUGGAUAUAAUAGUUCUCCCAGUCAUGAGCACGUAGGCGAUGUAUGGUGCUUGUCGUAGGAUAAACGUCUGUGACCACUGUAUGCACAGGGAAGUACGACAGUUAUGUAAGGCAGUGGAACCUCGGUGAUACGUUGCUUGCUGAUGCAUUUUCCUAGCUGCUACGUCACAUUUUCGCAGUCCCGAUCUAAAGCCCAUUGACUCCUAUGUAUUAUGUUCUCAUUUGAUGCGUAGUCAUUCUGUAAUGUUACUGCAUUUUACACUACACUUGUACACGGCGGUCAAAUAAAUUUAGUGGUGCAGAGGCAAAUUCACUCUCGCACGUUGCUACAAUGAUUAUUAAUGUAUACUCACAGUUGCACCUGUCAAGCCCCACCCAUGGUCUCGCCCUGAAAUGCCGGAAGCACACAAUUGUCGGUUCCAAUAAGCAUGUCUCAGUGCGUUUGUGUGUGUUUGGCCGGUUUCCCAGAGUCAGCUUUGCCGCAAUGCAGUCGCUUUGCGUGGCGAAGCAUAUCAAGAAUAGAAAGGCGUCGCUGUCGUGGAACCUUGUAUGUGUCCCCUAAAUAUGGGUCUCUUGUGACGGGAGACACACAUGCACGUCUCCGGUCACAGUACAGAGUGCCGUACAGAAGUGUUUCUGACAUUGCUGUGGUGAUUUGGGGCCUUCCUUACGGUUAGGUUUUCCUGGCUGUUACAUAUUUUUUCUGUGGUCCCUUGAAAAACGUAUUAAUGGGGUUCUACUGUACAUAGGAAACAGUUUGAAUAAUCAAAUAAAGCAAAACUUAGUAUUUUUGGUUACGAAUGUAGUAUCUUUCAAGUUAUAGAGUUUUAUGUGUCAAGUAGGAGAAUAUUAUGCAGCUUCAUGCGCUUGUAGCAAGACAAAUAGAUGUGCCACCUAGUGCAUUCUUUGCAAAGGACUAGAGUCUGGUGUUGCAAGCACCGGAUUGCUGUGGUGGUAAAGGGAAAAGGCAUAUUUCUGUGGUUGCUGCAGCCAAGUUCCCUGUGUUAUGAUUGAGUCUGAAAACAUUGUAAUAUAGCUUCAGCACGUUGUGAAUGUCAUGGCUAACCAAGCUGCUUCGUAGCGUGUAACAAAGAACAGGUUAGCAAAAAUUAGACACAAACAAGGUGAUGCAUGAUGUUGUUUGUAACCUAUCUUUUGCUGUGCUACGAAGGAGCCCAUUUAGCUGUGAUCUAGUCUCUGUUGCACCAAAGCACAUUGUGAAUGACAUAAACAGGUUGUGAAGUGAUUGUGUAAACGCACCUGUGAGAGGAAAUGUUGGUUGCCUUCAGCUAUCGCCACUACAUAUCUUGUCUACAGAGCAAAACAUGUCGCUUUUCUUACUCUUGCAACUUAAAAAGGACAUUUCGAGUUUACUGCCUUCUUGUAGUGCAAUUUUUCCUGAUUGCAAUUUUUGGCCGACAUCAUUCGUUGAUGCAGUUGGUAUGUUUGCUUGCAUGUUUCACCCAAAAAAAAAUUGUUAGCUGCCAUUUUAUGUGUACCUCAUUAUCUAAGAAGCAAGCUUCUGCAGAGACAUGUCGUGGUUUCUCCGUAUGUCAGCCAGAGUUGUAAGCGUUAGAGAAAAAAACUAACCACUUACAAUUACUUCAUUAAAAAAUGAAACUGAUUAUAGUGGCUCAUUACUGCACCACAAACAUAUUUGAGCACUUGCUAAAAAGCAGUUCAUUACUUUUACGUUACUUUCCUCACAACUUUUAUUAACAUUGGGCAAAUACAAUAUAUAGAACAAGCAGGCCUGGCUAUCUUAAUUGUGUCCUCUGCAGCCCUUCACGCCUUGUUCGCCUUCACUAACCAUCGAUUUUUUUUAAAAUUCCGUCGGUCAUAUUGCCCUGUUUUCUUGUGGGGACAUCAUGCAGCAACACUAAAUGCUCACUCAGUGUAUGCGCUGAAGGAAAGGGCGGUGUUGUAACAUAUGAACACCUUAUGCCAGGAUUGUGCUUACACACUGCAGUGAGGCUCACGACUGGGUCCUCCAUGAAGCAUGGCACUUCAUUACUGCUGAAGCUCGGAGAAGGCGCUCCUGGUAUAUGACCAAUGAGAAGCUGAAAAGUUACGGUAGAACCCAUCUCACAAUGAGCGUCGACAGUUGAUGCGAUUAGCAUUGAUGUAACGAUGCACCUUAUUGCCAACGCCAAAACAUGUAUGCAGCUGUGUUCCUCUCUUGCACUUAGAACUACACACGCUGCAGCAUCUAGCUGCAUCUAGCUAGAUGCAGCUAGUUCGAUUCUGCCAAGCACAGGAGAAAUCUUAAAGGAUAUUUUUUGUCAUUGAAGAGCACCAUACACGUGGCACAUACCCAGUUACCCAAUUUGCCAUCAAAUGGAUGAAAAGUGGCACAGAACUAGUGGCAUACAGUCAAACCUCGAUAUAACAAAGUCGUACUUGCAAUGAAAAACUUCAUUAUAUAGAGAAUUUCGUUAUAUCGGGGUUUCGUUCAUUCAGUAGAACUAAGAUGGGGAAAUAAAGUACUUCGUUACAUCACGAAUUUCGUUAAAUCGAGGUUCGUUAUAUCGAGGUUUGAAUAUACCCAGUGACCUAAGUUGUUGUCAAAGAGGUACAUUAAAGUGCACCACAGAUUGAGUGUCACUGACCCAGUGCCAGUGACCCAAGUUGGUUCUACAGUUGGUUUCCAACCCUGUUCUCUUGGUACAGCAGCUCGAUGCACUACACAUUCGGCCAUGGACUAUGAAGUGACCCAAGUUGAUGGAAAAACGGUCAGAGAUUCAGAUAGGCAGACAUUCAGACUCAGGGGAAGUGAAUCAAGUACCGUGAGAGUGCUAAUUCUAUUAAAAAUUGUGCGUCAGGAGAUUUCAUGGCUCAAUAUUCGAAGUGGCCAUUAGUAUGGUGCCAUAGCACAACCGGUUCAAUUUGUGAUACAUCUGGUGGAUCAUUAAGAUGAAACAAAUACUUUGCGCCCGGGUUUUGCCUGUCUGAACAUGUACAUCUGGGAGGCUGCUGCGUGGCAUGACUGCUGGCAUUCUACUGUAGUUCCCUGCCAAAUUCAAGUGCUCAAAGAUGUGUCACCUGUUACAGCUUGUUCUUCAGGAAAUUAAUUGGUUGCAUGUAAUUUGUUACUGAAAAAGUAUUUGAAUUACAGUGAGUGUUACCAAGCCAAAAAAGUGAUAAAUCAAUUACAAAACUACUAAAAAUGUAAUUGAUUAAAAGUAAUUAUAUGUCAUUCAUUAUGCACAAGUCUAGUGUCAACUAAACAAAUUCUGUUGAAUAGGCAAACGUAGAUGCCAGAUGUUUUAUUGAUGAUGUGGACCAAUGAAUACAAAGUUAUGGAACUUGAGUGAAAUUAAAAGCAAGGCAUGUGGAAGAUAUUUUUUAAAGGGCGUUGAAAUAAAAUGGGAAUUCACCUUAUCUCAUCUCGUUUUUCAGAGGCAUUAGUAUUUCCGGACAUUUUGUCCAUGAGACACUGAACUGCCACGAGCAGUCCUCCAGCUGGGUGAUAGAGAUGUGGCCGGAAAACCACCGGUGUAUGUGUCGUACUACCAUAUACUAUAUUCCUCAUUGUGUAUACAAACAAUGUUGCCACAUGAGUUGCAGCAGCAUUGUCACAUUGCAUUCUGUGCCCGAUAAUUAUUUGCCCAGUGACUUAUGUUAAUUAUGCAAAUGGGACAUGCCUGCAAAUGGAGACGCAAGCGACUGAGCAGCUUUGGCACGGAAUGUGUCUGGCCACCGUUCAAGGAACGGCGUUUAGCUGGAAAUGAGGCACCGUAGGCAUGCAAAUAGUUUUUUUCUUUCAGUAGCAAUGUUUCAGCUCGUUUCCGUGUGUCUUUCAAUUAACAGCAAAUUAGUCUGAUUACUCUUGGGAAGAUAAGGUCGCGGUGAGGGACAGGGCUGUCCACGAAGUGUUGUGCGGCUCUGAAAUGAGUUUUGUGCAAUUAAUAAAUUAAUAGUACCUGCAGCCACUCGUGGUGUCAUCAGUGUAGUGGGGGUGGUGAAAAAAGUUGCACCUUAACGAGUCGAAGCACUGCGUAUAGUUUGAUACAUUGGAAUUCUACAAUAGGUGGAGCUUGACUUGCUCCCACAACUCACCUGUGCUUUCUCUACGAGGGGUUUCCAUGGGUAUUUUUGGUUAGAAGUGUGAAAUGCUGGGCUAGUUGGUUCAUGUUCUGAAGCGAAAAAAAAAAUAUAUAUAUAUAUAUAACCAGCGAUAACCAAGACUCGGGACCAGAAGGAGGCACACAGAUAUUCCAUGAUAUGGAAUAUCUGGUUUUGAUGUAAAGGUCUUGAACACUCGAUCUUGUAUGAUGCGGUGAAACAGUGUGGUUUGUCAGUUGGUCAUCAGAUGCUUGUUUUCAUUGCAAUAUUGAAUAGAGAAAUAGCAUUUGUGCACAUGCAACACCCUCGAAAAACAAUGUGUGUAAUGCCUUAACGCCGGAUGUUUCAAUGCUUCAGAUUGAAAGAUUUACAGCGUGACCUGAUUUCUGGUGUAUGUUUUCCAUGACCUGGCACCUUGCAUUUGCAUGUAGGUUUGCUAAAAAAGUUAUGCCUCUUUGAAAGAUGUACAUCGAAUUCUGCUUUAAUUUUUCGCAUUCCACAGGUGCCAUUUAUGUAAUCAUUGUGUUUUUUUAUUGCAAGUGUGCAUUGAAUUUUAUUGCUGUAAUUAUAAUGCAAAUAAAAAGCUUCGGACCCUCUG